GAAAUUUUAUUACUGUUUGGGGGUCUUAUCAUUCUUCUACACGUUUACCUUAGUUUUAUAAAGACUGGGUAUUAAAUUCUAGUUUUUAGAUUAUAAUAACAUUAACAUUAACACAUAUUUAUAAAAUGACGCUUGGCGUUUUAAUGUCACUCAUUUUAAUGAUCGGACCCGCCGACGCGGCGUUUAACGUCAGUUUCGACGUCUUGUCCACGUUGUACUUGCCGUAUACGUACGUACCGACGGCACAAUACGCGCUGGAAAAGGACGCCGCAGAGCAGAUAGCUUAUGACGUCACUGGGAAGCUUCUCUAUUCAGUAGGUCACACAAACAUCCACGUCAUCGAUUUCGCUGACGUAAACAACACGCGCGUCCUAUUCAAGUCAUCGUAUGCCAGCGUUGACGUCACAGACGUCGAGCUGUGCGGCAACCACGUGUUCGUCAGUUUUGACAACCAAACGCGACGUGAGGACGGUUAUAUUAACGUGUACAGACUCUACAAUCGCCAGACCGGCUCCCUAGAUUUGGUGCAUACUAUUCGAGUCGGUGUUAUUCCGGACAUGAUCCUACCCCUCUCGGACUGCCGGGCGCUUCUCGUUUCCAUCGAAGCGGAACCUUACGAUGAUGACGUCACGGGCACCCUUGUUGACAACCCCGGAGGCGUUGGUAUUCUCAAGUUUCCCGGUGGACCGGAAGGGACGUACACGAUGAACGUUUUGACUUUCGAUAAAUUUAACGCCAGGUACACUAGCGACCUUAAACCCCAAGGGGUGCGUCACAUCAAUACUCACACCCUGUUCUCAAAUGACGUUGAGCCAGAGUACAUCACUCUAAACAGCGAUCAGUCCAUAGCUUACAUCGGUCUACAGGAAAACAAUGCCAUUGCAAUAGUAGAUCUUCGCACCGAAACCAUCGUUGAUAUCAAAGGUCUGGGGUUCAAGAACUGGGACGCAUACACUAUGGAUGCGAGUGACAAAGAUCAUGGUAUGCACAUGCGUCACUGGAAGGUGAAGGGAAUGUACCAACCGGACUCCAUUAAGUUUUACCAGCAUCGCGGCGUCGACUACAUCAUAACAGCGAACGAGGGGGAUGUCAAAGACUAUAAAUAUUUCACCGAGGAAGCCAGGGUGAAGGAUUUACAGCUUUCGGAUCUAUAUGAAAGGGAUCCUGCCACCCGACACGCUGUGCAGACGUCGGCUAACCUUGGCCGACUUAAAGUGUCAAAUGCGAACGGACUGAACGCUUCCACCAACAAAUACGACGAACUAUAUGCCUUCGGGGCGCGAAGCUUCUCCUUCCGGCGCGCCGACACCAUGGAGCUCGUGUACGAUAGCGGCGACGAGAUCGCCCGGAAGACGGCACAGAUGGCUCCCGAGCUGUUCAACACCGACUACGGGAUCGCCGACACUGUGACUCAGACUUACGACACACGUUCUGAUGACAAGGGCCCAGAAACCGAGAGCAUCGCGGUGGGUCAUUUCGGCCAUAUAACGUUACUAAUGAUCGGCAACGAGCGACCGGGAACCAUCGCUGUUUAUUCGAUCGAUGAAAGACUGUCGUCAAUCGCCCCAAAGUUCGAAACGCUAAUUCACGGAGUCACGCGAUUGAAUGACACGUGGAACAACUUGUACACAGCUCGCGCCGUUAGCAUGCUGGAUCCCGAAGAUAUAAAGUUCGUUCCAGCCGACCAGAGUCCUAACGGAAGUCCACUUCUUAUCGUCAGCGGCAGCAUUAGCGGAACAAUCACUGUGCUAAAGGUCAACGUCCGCGAUGAUUCUCAGCCGGGCAUCGUCGGGUGAUACAUAGACCAGAUUUUUCGUACAUUUUUCUUGUUGUACAAAAUGUAUUAUUUAUAAUAAAGCGCUUUUGUUAGAAAA